AUGUUAGACCAACAGCCAUCGACAAUACCAGUCAAAUCACGAAGUCUUGGUCCAUGUCUGAUAUGUAAUUCUUCAGCUGUGGGUAUUAAUUUCGGUGUACCAACAUGUGCUCCAUGUAAAGCAUUUUUUCGACGAAAUGCAGUUAAAAAAGCUGGUUUUGUUUGCCGAUUAAAUGAUGAUUGUCCGGUGCUACACGAAUUUCGUCGUAUGUGUAAUUGUUGUCGAUUAGCAAAAUGUUUUCGUGUUGGAAUGCAAAAAUGUUUAAUAUUAUCCGAUGCUGAGAAAUUAGCACGAAAAGAAGUUGUCGAACAAAAUCGACAGAAACGAACGAAAGUAGAAAUUAUAAAGAAAUCACCUGUAAUUCAACCAGCAACAAUCUCAUAUACGAUAGAAAAAAGAACAAAAGUUUUAUCCGCAUUUGAUCAAACUCUUCUUGGUAAUAUUUUCAAUGCUUAUGAACGAGUUUAUGCACGAGCAGAUAGUGGUCAAUAUUCAUCUUUUCCUUCUAUAGAACAUACAACUAUGCAUAUAUUUUAUAAUGAAUCUGAGAUACGAAAUAGAUCAUUAGUUGAAUAUUUUAAACUUAUACCAGAAUUUAAUAGGCUAACGAUAAAUGAUAGAACAACAUCAAUACGAAAUCAUUUUGGAGGAUUAUUUAGUCUUAACGAAGCAAUUCUUGCGCGAUCUAUCAAUCAAAAACUAGUUGUUUCAGUGAAAAAUCUCUUUGGUCUUAAAAUAUGCAAUGAUAUAUUACUUUCUAUGGAAAGAAUACACGCUUACACACGUGAUCCUAUAAUACUUAAACUUAUCCUUAUCAUCUGGAGUUUAUCCAUGGCUAUGAAUACAUAUAAUGAUAGUACAAGUGGGGAUCAUAUUUAUGAUGAUACGUUGUCGUUAUUUUCUAGUCAAAGUAUAUAUGUUGAACUUUUAUGGCGAUAUGUUGAAUCGUUGUUACCAUCUACAAAAUAUGUAGUGAAAUUCUUUAACACAUUUAUACGAGAUUUUCUUUAUAUUCAAACGUGUUGCUUCACCGUAAAUGGCUACAUGCAACAGAAAGAAGAUGAAAUAAAUAAAAUGGAACCAUUAAUGCAAAGUAUAUGGCCUGUAUCGAAGAAAACAGAUGUCAUAUCCGAUGACGAUGAUGAUGAUAUUGAUGAACUUUUAUCUGGAGAAUGA